GUGGGGGAGUGUGGGUGUUCACCUUUUCGGGUGUGUCCUUGUUGAAGCUCCAGGUACUGCCGCAUUUUCUUGCCUGUUUCUCUGCUGUGAAGACGUCAACCGUCCGAAAUGCGUCUGUUCGCGUUGGAUUCGCUGGUUUUUCUGCUUUCCUUCACCGGGUACUGUGCUGGGAAAGAUGUUCUGCCUGAUGGUCCGCUGGAUGCAGCUUUGGGCCAAAAUGUGACUCUGAAAAUCCUGGUUCCAAAGGAGGAUGAUGAUGUUAUCGUCUGGAAUUUCAGCGAUGGAUCAGAACAAAUCAUCGUUGCUUCUUUGCGUUCAUCGGGAGUGAAAGUGGGAAAUGGUUACGAGGGAAGAGUCUCAGUUGAUGUGAAAACCGGAUAUUUGACUUUGUCCGGCUUAAAAUCGGAGGACAGCGGAGAUUACAGCAUCAACAUAGUAGGAAAGGAAGUUUUAACCGGAGAGGUUAAAGUUCGGGUUCUGGAGCCUGUGACCGAUGUGAUCAUCGAAUCUAACAUGCCUGAAGCGAUUGAAUUCAACAGCACAGUGACUCUUACCUGCUCUGCAGAGGGCUCCUACCUCCAAUUCUCUUGGACAAAGGGCAACGAGCCGUUUGUCAUAGAUGGUAUACGGAUUACAAACAAAGUCGAAGAACUUUCCAGCACUCUGACCAUCAGAGGUGUGCUGAGGUCAGAAUUGGUCGGACCUAUCUACUGCACAGCGAAGAAUCCACUGCAGACUAAAGUGAGCCCUGCCUUCAACCUCACCGUCCACUAUGGACCCGAUGAAGUCAUGAUAAAGCCCCUGAACCCUCCCAAGUAUGUCAAGUCCAAAUCCGACUUCAACCUAACUUGCUCCGCACCAUCCAGCCCACCGGCCACCUUCACCUGGUACCACAAUGAAGUCCUGAUAGAGGCGACUGGUCCCGUGCUCACUCUGAAAGACAUCGAAGCGCUGGGGAUUCAAAAGAAUCCCGGGGAGUACAAUUGCGUUGCACAAAAUUCCAAGACUAUGCGCACCAAUGCCUCCCCAUCUGUGAAACUGUCUGUGAUAGAGCCUGUUGCAGGCGUUUCCAUCACCGGUCCAACGGCUGACCUCUUCCCCGGUAACAGCACGGCCAACCUCACCUGCCACAUAAAGGCGGGCCAAGUGAAUGAAAAUGUCUGGCAAAAAGAUGGCAAAGACUUGUCUGCCGGUCCCCGUGUAGUGUUCUCUGCUGACAAGAGCUCAGUCGUUAUCGACCCAGUGCAAAAGGAAGACAAUGGAAUGUACACCUGCCGUGUCUCCAGCCUGGUCAACGUGGAACAGGCCGUCUUUGCCAUGCAGGUUUACUACGGACCUGAGGAGGGCUCUGUGAUGGGCGUGGAGGAAGUGGAGCUGGGCAGCAAGUUGGAACUCACCUGCUCCGUCUCAUCUGUCCCCCCUGCCACCUACACCUGGAAGUUAAAUGGCACAGUGAAGUCGACAAAAACAAUGAAGUACACCGUCUCAACUGCCUUAUACGAAGACUCUGGAGUGUACACGUGUGAGGCGCACAAUAGCAAAACCGGCAAGACUGUCUCCCUCUCUCAUAAGCUAAGCGUCAAAGGGGAAAUCGAGGAGGACGGCCUCUCGGAUGGCGCUAUUGCUGGAAUCCAUUCUUUUACUGCAGGCAGAAAAUACCAGUUGAGUCACCGUACUAAAGACAUCCCUUCAAACUGCCGGCCCAAACACACCACCUUUUUGUUGCCCAUGAUCCAUCCAUGCAGCCAGGGGAGGCAUCUGGGUGGAUCCAGCUGGUUUCAUGCGAAGCCCUCAUCUAACCAGCUCUCCAGUCAUCUCUCUCUCUCUGCCUGGCUGACAGACGUCGGAGAAUAUUGAAUUUACCCAAACAGGAGUUUAUUUUUUGGGGGGUGUUUUUUUUUUUUUUUCAUCUGAUCCUUUACAUUUUUGUAGCUUUUCCUCGCCUCUGCCUCAAACCCGUCCACCUAUCCCUAAUCUGCACUUUCUCUCUUCUUUUUGCAUCCAUGUUGUUAACAAACAUUGUCCCCAAGCUUUUUGUCUGCCCCCCCCCCCCCCCCCCUUUCCUAUUUGGAAACUCACAACAGAGACAAAAACUUGCUCUCCAGAUAUUUCCUGGACUUAAGCUGAUAGAAUGAUGAUUGUGAUGAGUGACUUUUAUCCUACUGGAAAUCUAAGGAAAACACACACACAGAUGACUUUGAUCACACACACACACGUCUGUGAUCCCACAUGCAUAGGCCACACAUGUAGAUAUUCGUGUUUCUGGGAGGAAAGAAUAAUGCGGUUUGAUUUAUCUCGCUACCUGUGCCAGGUGGAGGGGAUAGGGGACACUUCAAGCGCAGCUGAGCAUUUGAAAUGUUAAGUAAAAAAAAAAAAAAAUCUCAUCCACAGACGCUUUAUUUCUGCUCACUUUGAUCCAUGAUACCUCUGAGCUUACCUCUUCGUUAGACGUCUCUCAGCACAUCCGAUCAGCCUUCUUUGUUUGAAACAAGUUGCUAGUCGAGGUUACCGCAAAGGUUGUGGCAGCUUUUCUACAGAUUUAAGUUUUUCCAAUCAGAUAUGUACUUUGUAGACCAUACAGUGCCCAAAAAAACACUAGUUGUGCCUUAUUUCAUGUCAAGUCAGCACUAGGAGAAAAUCUGAACGUUUUAUUCACACAAAAUUUCUAAUUUAAAUAUGGAAAAUGCUGAGCUUGAAGAGACUUCUUGAACACAAUAUCAAAACCGAAAUCACAGUGUUGUGAAGUGUGUUAUGUUAUGGUUCCCUUGAGCUGGCAGUCAUCUUCUCACACACUCAAAAGAAUUACAACAACCCUCAGGUUAAAUGACGCUGGACUCCCUUUCUUCAGUUCUUAAACACUAUUAGCAGAUUUCUAAACAGCAAAUAAUCUGACCGAGUGAUAUCCACUCAGCUGGCAUUUUCUUGGAUCCCCCUUUGCUGUCAAAAACAAUAAAUCAAUUGUUGACAUGAAGGUUAUUUUCUGUGUCUGUUACAUGGUAUUGCGUCAUACCAAACGCGCCCAAUUCCUACAGCUAGUGAACGAUCCAGCUGGAGCAAUGAUGAAGGAGGGUGAAACGUUUUCCUACAGGGAGAAGGCCCCUCCUGAAAAGAUUGUGGAGAAAUUCAAACGUUUCGAGUCAUUAAUCACUGAUUAGGUUCUGAUCCUGGCUCGCAGCAUGAACAUCAAAUCCAAAUUGGGUUCUUGUUCAUUCGAUCCCAGUUGGCAUACGCGCUUGAAUGUGAAUCCCGCCCACUUUACACACCGUCAGCGCGUAUCUGUGCUGACAUGCUUCAAAUCCAUCGCUACCCUCCCCUGUGAUGUUUGAAGUUUAGCAGGGCCUCAAACUGCAUCAAACAAACCAGCAAGGAAUUCAUGAAGGAGGAUUUACUGCAGGGACUUUUUCCAAAACAUAUUGGUCUCAGAUUUUGACCCGAAAACUGCCAGCUGAGUACCAACUGUUAUCAUUUCCAUUUUAUUCGCCCAGGAUAUCCGGCUUGGUUUAGCUCUAACUGUAACUUCUACAUUAUCAGUAUAUAUCAGGAGGCGUGUCAUGCCAAGUGACCGUGGUCAAGCUUGUUCCUGAGAAUAUCAGUGCAGGAAAAAUGUAAAAUUAAGAUACUUAAAGUUUAUUUGACAACACCUUAUAUCCCUUACACAAGUCAAAAUGUAAUAAAGAAUAUACAGUCUCUACUUACUCAGCUAUCUGCUUUGCAUUCAUGUCCCUGUUUUUCCGGUUGAAGAUCCUCCUCUAUGAUUGUGUGAGUCAUCCUGUCAUCUUCUGCUCAGAGCAGACUGGGGAGGUGAGAGAGGAGGCAAGAUUCAGCACGCAGGGACACAGCGUUGAGGUCAGAGUGAAGAAGAAGAAACAAAAAAUGGGUUGGAGCAUGUUUCGAUGGCAUUCUUUGAGGGUUGGAGGGAAAAUUUGGGAAACCUUGGGCAGUACUACUUAUUUUUGCUCUGCCACAACAGCAAAGAAGCUUUUAACUAAAUUUGUUUAUUUGAAAAUUGAAUAAAGACACACUAACAUCAAGAAAGUCAGCUCUCAUUCAGGUCAAAUAAUUUACUGGAAGAUUAAUGUCAUGCUUUUGGCUGGUUUGUAAUUUCUUGUUUUUUUGUUUUUGUUUUCCUUUUUGUUUUUGUUUGGGAUCUCAGACUUGAACGUGCACUGAUCUCCUGUCAGAUAAAGUAUUUAUUCUAUUGAAAACCUAAAUGACUGGAGAUGAAGAUCAUAGUUUGUCAACAGAUUCAGAAUUCAGAAACAUUUUAGGUGUUUGAUUUGCU